CAUCCGACCAGCAGCUGUCCUGCCAUUGCCAAUUCCUCUCCUUCUUGCCCAGCCUCGCUUCUACAUCUGUCCUCCCCUCGCGAGAAGCGGCUCUCCCGCCAAAGAAACAGAAACAUACAAAAUGUCCCUCGCAUCCUCCCUCCUCCGCACUGGAGGCACCACCGCCCGAUUGACCAACAGCACGCCCUCCACCACCUUCAUCUGCUCGCAAUGCCGACACGCGACGCUGCUGCGCCGACCUAAGAACCCCUACACAUUCACGCAGCUGAUCACGCUAUCAGACGGCAGCACGUUCACGCACCGCACCACCUCCCCGGCCCCCGUGUACCGAUCCACCCGCGACACGCGCAACUCGCUGCUCUGGAACCCGUCGUCCAGCAAGCUGAUGAACGUCGAGGACGACGAGGCCGGGCGGUUGGCCGCUUUCCGAGCCCGGUUCGGUCGCAGCUGGGACGCAAACACCCCCGUCGAGGGCGAGGAGUUGAGCAAAGAGGAGGCCGCGGCGGAGGCGGCCGCGGCGCAGGAAGAGGAGGAUAAUCUGUUGGAUUUGAUCAGUUCGUUCGGGCAAGCUCCUGAGGAGCAGGGGGGAAAGAAGAAGAAGGAUUAGAUGGUGUUGAUUGAGUAGGAUUUGCAUAGGGUUCAGAUGAGGGAGUAUCCAUUGUUAUGCAUGGGCCUGGAUUGAUUUCUUGCUGCUCCCGUUGUAUUAUAGGCUGGGGUUUUCUGUUUUUUUCUUUUCGAUUUGUUCUUGUCAAGAUAUGCCCAAUACUACUACUGUACAGAUCUCUGAGAUACCUAUGAAAAUGGGUUCGUCGACAGAAUAUUCAUAUCAGAACAUCACCG